CUCAGACACACAGCACACAAUCUUUCUAAAGCAGCAGAAGGCCCGAAGACCCGAGGAGUCAGGGCUGAAAACCAAGCGAUCCUCCCUGUCUGUGCAAAGAGGAGGAUCAGCGUGCGGUCUGCACAGGAGGGACCGCCCGAGCCAAGCGGUCGCCACCGCAGCCCAAGCGCAGGCGAGCAGGCGGCUGGCUCCCCGGGCGCGGGAGGGCAACGGAGGACAGGCGCGCGGAGCCGGGAGCGGGCGCACGCGCACGCGCACACGCACCGGGGCGCCGGGGGCCGGAAGAGCCGAGCGGCCCGGCGGCGGCUGCGGGCGCCAGACGGCGCGCUGCUGCGGGGAGAGCGCGGGCUGCGGGAUGGGGCCCCCGGAGAGCGCGGAGGUGCUCGCUCCCGAGGCGGUGGAGCUGCACGAGCCCGUGGUGCGGCUCGCGGACCCCGCGUCCCCCGGCGAGGAGCAGGAGGACGUCGAGGCGGCGGGCGUCCCCGGCCGCGGCAGGUGCUGGCCGUGUGGAGCCUGGGCGUGCGGCUCGCGUGGGGAGCCCGAAGCCAAGAAGAAAGCACCUUGUCCUGGACUUGGCUUGUUUUACACAGUGUUGUCUGCCUUCCUUUUCUCAGUGGCCUCUUUAUUUGUUAAAAAAGUGCAAGGCAUCCAUGCUGUAGAAAUCAGUGCAUUUCGAUGUGUGAUCCAAAUGCUAGUUAUUAUUCCUUGCUUAAUAUACAGAAAAACUGGGUUCAUAGGUCCCAAAGGUCAACGGCUUUUCCUCCUCUUCAGAGGGAUCUUUGGUUCCAGUGCCAUGAUCCUUAUGUACUAUGCUUUCCAGACGACAUCCCUCGCUGAUGCCACAGUUAUUGCAUUUAGCUGUCCAGUGUUUACGUCAAUAUUUGCUUGGAUAUUUCUCAAGGAAAAGUAUAGUCUUUGGGAUGCUUUCUUCACCUUGUUCGCGAUCGUUGGAGUGAUCCUUAUUGUGAGACCGCCAUUUUUAUUUGGUUCCGACACUUCAGGGAUGAAAGAAAGCUAUUCAGAGCACAUUAAGGGGACAUUUGCCGCGAUUGGACAUGCUGUGCUAGCUGCGCUGACUCUGGUUAUCCUGAGAAAAAUGGGAAAGUCUGUGGACUAUUUUCUGAGCAUUUGGUAUUAUGUCAUACUUGGCCUUCCCGAAAGCAUCAUCAUCCUCUUUGCCUUAGGAGAAUGGAACCUCCCUCAGUGUGGGCUGGACAGGCUGUUUCUUAUACUCAUUGGACUCUUAGGUUUGGGGGGUCAGAUAUUUAUCACUAAAGCAGUUCAGAUAGAAAAAGCAGGACUUGUAGCAAUAAUGAAGACAAUGGAUAUAGUCUUUGCUUUUAUUUUUCAAAUUGCUUUCUUUGAUAACGUGCCGACCUGGUGGACUGUGGGUGGGGCUCUCUGUGUAGUGGCCAGUACUACUGGAGCAACCAUUCGUAGGUGGGUCCAGGGUUCCAAAUGAAAUGUCACUGCUGAAAUCUAUAUUUUUAUCAAGUGCACCAUCACCCAGCUCAGACAUCUUACCCACACACACGCCUGGGAAGUCUACAUUAUUCGUUGGUUAUAUUUAAUAAGUUUUAUAAAUGAAGUACCAUUUUGAAUAUGGUAUGUUUUUAACUAAGAGUGGCCAGGCUAGCCUAGCAGUCUCUGGAUAGCCUUCAUUUUGGUUUGGCUUGCUGGGUUACCAUUGAGAAGUGAGCUCAUUUGAAGAAUUCCAGAAAUUUUUUGAGUACAAUUUUUAAAAUUUACUUUUGACACAGGAUAUGGAUGGGAGGUAGUGUGCUCUAGCAGUGUAGAUAAGCUCGAUGUAGACAAUGCUGCUAUAACUAGUACUGUGUUAAUCCUUCGUUUGCAAUAUAAUUCCAUUUAGGAUGCCAAAGCUGAAACUUGGUACAGGUGCCUACUUACUGGUGGGAUAUAAGUGAACCAGCCUUAUUUUCAAGGACCUUAUAGAUGAUUAUUACACCUUUAAUGCAUUUGUGCCUUUUCAUUUUGAUGCCGGCAUUUUUAUAUGUGCUCUGAACAGCCAGCCAUCUGUGGUUAGCGGUUCUCUCUUUCAGUAUAAUAGCAACUCCGGAUAUCAGUUUGAACUUUCAAUUGCCUCCUGUUUUAUUAAAAUUGCACUUUUUUUUUUUUUUUACAUUCCAAGAUUUCCAAUCUUAAAAUCAUGAGAGUGAAAUCUUGGCCUGACCAGUGUGCACAUUCCUAUUCUGAGGUGUUUUCACUUCAAAUGUAAUGAUUUUCUACAAAUUGUCUUUGAAUUCAUAGUAUGAUGCCAAAUACAGUUUUCUCAGGAUCAUGCUAGGUUGGACAAUAUCAGGUUUCCCAGAUUCUACCAUUUUCAUUUACAAAACCCGUAGUUCUAGAAGGUUUACCCUGCAAGCCCCUUACACACUAAACCAAAUGUUUAUACCUUUAAAGUACGUGUCUGUUAUUAAACUUACUCUUACAGUCUUCUUCCAUUUUGGAACGAUACAUUAUAAUAUUUGUGAUAUAUGAAAAAUAUAGACCUAUUAAUCCACAGUUGAUUGACUUUCACAGUCUCUUGCAUAUUAAACACACACACACACAGGUAAGUGCUAGUCUUUGCCUGACAAGCUGCACCAUGAUACUAGUGUGGUUCUUACUAUGGCUCAGCAGCAGGCCAGUAUUCCUGUGAGAGGAAAGCGUGGGAGAUUGGUCAGGGUGCUAGGAGUACAUGUCCACAGUCUUUGGCACUGUGGACGCCUUCACGGCGAGGCCAUCGUGGCUGCCACCUCUUAACGCUGCAGAGGAGGCACUGUGCACCCUUUCCUAUCCUCCUCACAGUUCAUCCCAAGAAAGGAAUGGGGCUCCUGGAACUUACAUUCUGGUAAGAAAGGAUAUUCUCCAGUGGUUCCAAAGAGGAACUUUGAGUCUGGUUUUAAAUAAUAUUUUCCACCUGAUGGCAUACUUAUUUACUUAGCUGAGUCAUCUCAGAUCACACUUGACCUGACUGGAACUUAGAUUUGCGGGUGUCAUUCUACCAGCAUUUUAGAAAGUACAGCCCUUAGCCUGUUAGAACUCAUCCUGUGGGGAGCCAUGCUCCACACACAGGGAUGACAGGGUGGAGGCCUGCAUGCAGUAGCUGUGUUUCCAUGGCAGCCUCCUCUCAUUUAGUUCCUCCUGUGGAAAGUCAGCCACUUUUGGAGUCACCAACUAACUUACACAAUGGAGUUUCUGGGACUGUGGAAGAUGCACAUGUUUUACUUCAACUGUGUCUUGAGUACUUGAAUGUCACAGUGUGUGGCUGAUGUUGGAGACGAUGUUUCUUAUCCCAGCCUCUACAGGGUAUGAUUUUUAAACAAUGUUCAAGUGGUCUACAAGGCUAUGUAUUGUAACAAUUUGGGGUGGGGGGUGAUAUGUAUUUUCCAAAGAUUGUAGUUUCUAUAUCUUGUAAAAGGAAAUAUUUUUCCUAACUUGUUUUUAUUUUGUAAGUAAUAAAAUCAUAAACGAAAGUGA